UAAUAGCUAAGAAGUCCUCUGAUCUUCCAUGCUCUGGCUCUAGCCACCUGCCUCUGCAGGGCCAGAGGCGUGGGAAGGGGGAAGUCCCUUCAGAAAUUAGAUGGGCCCCUUCCUGUUUCUUGGACCAAGACAGUGUGGCGGCACUGCCAGAUCCCAGUACGCCGCUGAUUUGUUUCUAAGUUAGCUUUCUGGAGCGAUAUUUCAAAUUACUAAAGCGAGUGGUAGGAGGCCUUGACUGUUAUGUCUCUUCCGAAAACGUCCUCCACAUUGCUAACUUCCUUGUCAACACCUGAGGGCAAGAAGUUAAAAGUCUCUGCAUCCAAGGAGGAGACAGUACUUCCUGAACUAAAGGAGAAAAAAACCAUGGUGGAUCGUUCAAAACCCCUUCCUACAUCCCUUCAGAAUGAGUUCAUCCCAGAGGAAGUUCUUCUUUCUCUGACCUAUGCAGCCAAUGCUGGUCCUUGUCCUGAAAACUUACUGCCCCCUAAGAAAAUUAAAACCCCAAAGGGUACACUUCCGCGUCCGGCUAACCAAGUCUGGUAUCACCCUAUUAGAAGAAAUAAGUUCAGAUACCUGAUUGACCAUCCUGUUUCCUUAACUGGUGCUGGAAGGGAUAUUUCUUUUCUGUACGAUGUUAAAUAUGUUAAAGGAGAGGCCAGGGAGAGUUCGCUUUGUCCCCCACGUUUGGAACGUUCAUUACAGUCACAUGAUGGUGUCAUUGUGUCUCAUAAGCCAAAGAAACUAACAGAUACUUUGCUUCCUGAAGAAUUUCAUAUUGUGUCAAAUACAGGAGUUUCAGGUUUGGAGUGUUAUGAUGACAAAUAUACUACUCUCCUCACAGAUAGUGAAAACAGGCUAUUGCUCUUCCCAUCCAUGAAACCUAAUAAAAGAGUAGAAGUGGUCCAGCUUAAUGAUGUGAUGGAUGCUAUGCUAGAGAGGGCUGGUGUGGAAAAUCAGGAAUAUACAGGGCCAACCAAGAUGCACAAACUACUGCAUAUAUUGAGGAAGGAACAGACCAUUUACAAUACAGUAUUUCAUGAACUUAUUCGACAAGUCAGUGUGGAUUGUGCAGAUAGAGGAGAACUACUGUCCAAAAUCAGAGAGCGGUAUGUACAAAUGCUUGACCAAAUUGCACGGCAGAUGAUUGAUUUCUACAAAGACUUGGUAACUCAGCGAAUGAUGGACCAGCGCAUUUUAGAAGAACUGUACAAUUUUAAGAAUGUUAUUGAAGAACUGACCAGGGAGCUGUGUCUGGUUCGGGCUCAUGAUAUGAAAUUAACAAAGGAAGCAGGGAAAGCCCACAAGGAUUUGGCACAAGCUCUUUUAGAUGCUGAAAAGAAUGCUAGGAUUGUAGAAGAAUACCAUGACUUAUACACACUGCAAAGAGGAAGGAUGGAGAGUGAUAUUAAACAGUUAAUGGCAGAGAGAGAUCUCUGGAGCUCAGCCACAUAUGAAUUGGCCCUAAAGGUAAUUGAAAAAAAUGGAGUCAUAUUGGCUAAAAGACUUUACCUCAAUGAAAAAGGUUGGAAUAAAUAUGCUAAGCAUUUCAUCAUACUGCUGUCAACCAAGGACACUGCAGACCUUGCACUAUUGCAGAAGUUGACACAGAAAUGGCGAAGCUCAAUGAAUAGAUUUAAAAAGGAAGUGGAACAAAAUGAAGAGUCCACAAGGGAGAAAUUACAAACUAUUAAGGAUGGUCUUAUCACAUGGCAGGAGUUCUUCAGAAAUGAUGGAAAAGACAUUUCAUCUCCUAGUAAAGAAAAUAUAUUCGAAUCCGUCAUUUCAGAUUUCAAGCAGUGGCAAAAGAUGUUGAAUGAAGAUAAAGACAAGUAUACUGGGGAUUUUCUAGUGUCAAAAUAUGAUUCUCUGAAGAUUAUUAAACAUUUACAAGAAAACUGGACAGAUGUUGGGUUUGGGAUAUUGAAUCGCCAUAAAAGUAUGGAGGGGGAGAUGCCACCAGAGCAAGAGCACAUGAAGGAAAUUGUGAAAACCAUAGGAAGACUCUACAAAGAAUUUGAGAUAAGAAUAAGUGGGGAUAAUGGUAUCUCUAAGAUUAUUCCAAGUUUGGUUAGUUCUCUAGAAUUCUGUUCUUUCAAGUUGGCAAAUGUCCUGGAGUUUCCUGAAAUGCUUCAUGAAGAAUGGGAAGGAGUUAAUGAGAAAGUUAAUGAAAUGAAAUCUCAGUUGGAUGCAUCAAUAAACAUUAUUGGUACCGUUCCUCAGUAUAUGGAUGUGGAUUCUGGCUCGGUACUCCAAGCACAAAUAUUUAACAUGAUUCAACAAUGGCUUUUGAAGAUAAGCAAUGAGAUUAACAAUGGUAACAUUGAACUUCAACGCCAUAUGGAUGAAUUGCAUAUAUCUAUGAUCCAGUGGAUGGUAAGCUUGCUGAUUUUAAUGGUGCCUGACUGUACUGACCAAAACACUCUCCCAAAUUUGAGGAAGGAAAGUGCUGAGAAACAUGAUCUAGGAGAUGCAAAGUUAGAGCUAGAUGCGAUUGCACUGACCAGAAAGUUGGCGCAAUAUUCCAGCUAUUUGAGCAGUUGUUGCAAAGGGCUGGUAACAGCUAUGGCUCUGAAUAAGGCGGGUCACUUAGAAAAACAUCCUGCUAAGGAACUUCGGGAGCUGGAUGAGAUGAAGAGAGAAUGUUAUGAGUGGAUCACCACAUGUUCUCACCUCCUUUCUGGGAUCAAAGGCAGAAAAAUAAAGUUACUGACGAAGGAAGAAAAAGAACACCUAUUUGGAGAAGAGGUAUUUGCCGAUUUUAUAAAAGAAUUAAUUGAACCUGACAUAGACAGGCCUUUUAGAGAGGAGGAAGAAGAAAGUAUGGAGGAUAAUUUUAAGAUGCAAAAGGAAGAAGAGGAGAAGCCUUCAACAUCCAAGGAGGAGGAAAAACUCAUUCGAGUAAUUGAAAAAGAUGAAAAUAUUCAUUCCAAACCUCUAUUUGAAGCAAAUAUAUUCUCUUCCUGGAGAGAAUCAGCGAGUCAAGGUACAUUGGCCGCAAAGUAUCUUGAAGCAAUGGCUAUAACUGAACGCACACAGGAGAAGUUAUUAGAGGUUGAAAGCAGAGCCAGACAAGCAGAGGAGAAGUUUGAGGAUGUAAAUGAGAAACUUCAUUAUACCCUUAUAAGAAAUAAAGAACUGGAGAGAGAAUUAGAGGCUAUUUUGAUGAAGUCUAGAGAGAAGGAGUUUGAAGGAAGAGAAGAAGAAGAAAAUGAAGGAGAAAGAGAAGAUGGAGAAGAUGAAGGAGAUGACAAUAACGAAGAAAUCAGACCAGUAGAACAUUCCCCAAAAUCUCUAAAGAAAGAGGUACAGUGCAAGGAAGGUCCUCUCAACGCUAAACCCAGAUCCCGGACUAAAUCCAAGACCAAGUCCAAGUAGCAUCCUUAGGGUGCUGGGCUUCAGCUGGGCUCCCCUCACUGAUCUCUGUGUGCUACUUAGCUGACCCUGUGGCUCAACUGUAGAGACUCCCUGUGCAACAGCUACUAGAAAAGUCAUGACAUACAACCCAAGAACAUUUUCUUUUUAAAAGUCACAGUGAAAGCUGUAGGGAAUAUAAGUGCAUUAGUUCAUCUCCCAGAUUAAAAAUAGCUUGUGC